AUGGCGGAAGGGAGAUCGGAAUUUCAGGUCUACAAUAGCAUGACGAAGCAGAAAGAGACGUUCAAGCCGAGGGUCGAGGGCAAAGUCGGAAUGUACGUCUGCGGCGUCACCUCCUACGACCUCAGCCAUAUCGGCCACGCGCGUGCCUACGUGGCGUUCGACGUCCUCUACAGAUAUUUGAAACAUUUGGGCUAUGAAGUUGUUUACGUUCGUAACUUUACUGAUGUUGACGACAAGAUUAUCCGAAGAGCGAACGAGGUUGGGGAAGAUCCAGUAGCAUUGAGUGGAAGGUUUUGCCAAGAGUUCCUUAGUGACAUGGCUGAUCUCCAGUGCCUUCUGCCAACUCACCAACCACGUGUUACUGAUCAUAUGGAGCAAAUCAAGGACAUGAUAGCACAGAUUAUUAGCAAUGGUUAUGCGUAUGCUGUAGAUGGAGACGUUUACUUCUCGGUCGACAAUUUCCCCAAUUAUGGUAUUCUAUCCGGACGCAAGCUAGAAGACAACAGGGCUGGAGAACGGGUUGCAGUCGAUGGUAGGAAACGAAAUCCUGCAGAUUUUGCCCUGUGGAAGGCUGCAAAGCCAGGGGAGCCCCAGUGGGAGAGCCCAUGGGGCCCAGGGAGGCCAGGCUGGCAUAUAGAGUGCAGUGCCAUGAGUGCCUACUACCUGACGCAUGCUUUUGAUAUUCAUGGCGGUGGGAUGGAUUUGAUAUUCCCACACCAUGAGAAUGAAAUUGCCCAGAGCUGUGCGGCUUGCUCAGAGAGCAAAGUUAGUUACUGGUUGCAUAACGGUUUUGUCACAGCCAAUGAUGAGAAAAUGUCCAAGUCCCUAGGAAACUUUUUCACCAUUCGCGAGGUUACGAAAUUGUACCAUCCGCUUGCGUUGAGGUACUUCCUGUUGGGGACCCACUACCGUUCCCCGGUCAAUUAUUCAAUAUCUCAGAUUGAAAUUGCAUCGGAUUCGGUUUUCUACUUGUAUCAGACUUUGCAAGACUCUGAAGAUGCUUUAUCUGAAUCAAAAGAAGAGAUGGGAACAAAUGCAAAACCUGCCCGUAUCAGCUCUGAUGCACAAGAAUUCAUCAACAAGCUGCGGAAAGAGUUUGAGUCGAAACUGGCAGAUGAUUUACACACACCCACCAUUCUGACUUCUUCUCUUCAGGAAGCCUUGAGAUUUAUAAAUACUUACCUAACCAAGCUGAAGAAAAAGCUGCCAAAGCAACAAAAAUUAUCUUUUCUUAAGGGCCUUGAGGAGCUCCAGAAGGAAGUCAAACAAGUCCUAGAUGUUCUUGGCUUGCUUUCGAGUUCAAGUUAUGCUGAGGUUUUGGGCCAACUGAAAGACAAGGCUUUAAAGAGGGCGGGCAUAACCGAAGAGGAGGUUUUGCAGUCGAUCGAAGAAAGAACAUUAGCACGGAAGAAUAAAGAGUUUGAGAAAAGUGAUCAAAUAAGGAGUGAUCUUGUGGCUAAGGGAAUUGCUUUAAUGGAUCUCGGAAAAGACACAGUUUGGAGGCCUUGCGUGCCCGCUCAACAAGAACAGAAGGGCGUGCCAGCUCAGCACGAUAACGUAACUGCCCCAGCUGCAAAGGGCCCGCCGAUCACAUCCACCGAUAAAUGA